CGGGCGGGGAGCUCGGCAGCGGAGCACGGCGCCGCGGGUGUCGGCUCGCCGGGGAGCCCCGCACGGCGGCCCGCAGCCGAGGGGGCGGCGGGAGGCAGCGCCUCGCCGCUCGGCGGCCAGCCGGCCCUAGCGCCCCGCACCGCGGCCAGCCGCCGAGAGAUGGCGGAUUCCUAUGCCUGUAAAGGUGGAAGGAAAACUGCAGGCUCCAACAAACCCGCUGCCAGCAAAGAAAGCAGGACAGACGCGAGGAUAAACCCCCCGGCAGAGCUCCCCAAGCUCGGAAAUGCGACCAGUGACAAAACCGAGGGCAAGAAGAAAGGACGACCCAAGGCGGAGAACCAGGCGCUGAAAGACAUCCCGCUCCCCCUGAUGAACCAGUGGAAGGACGAAUUCAAAGCCCACUCCAGGGUGAAAUGCCCCAACUCCGGCUGCUGGCUGGAGUUCCCCAGCAUUUAUGGCUUGAAGUACCACUAUCAGCGCUGCCAAGGGGGUGCGAUCUCGGAGAAGCUGACGUACUCGUGCUCGCACUGCGAAGCUGCCUUCACCUCCAAAACCCAGCUAGAAAAGCAUCGUCUCUGGAAUCACUUGGACCGGCCGGUGCCAACCAGCAAAGCAGAAAACAAAGUGCAGAAGGCCAUUGGGAAGAGCGGCGGCAAGAAAAGAGCUGCUGAGAGUUCAGCUUGCCCCACCAUCCAUCCCAAACAGGCAAAGACGGAAAAAGCCAUGGCCCAGGACCAUGCCGAGAACGGCGAGUGCCUGGCGGAGAGCCGCGAGAGCAAGGAGUUUCAGAUCGCAGCGGCUGAGGCGAUCGCGGCUGCGACCCCCACGGCCAAGUCCUCGAGCGGCAAGGACGCCGGGCAGCAGGGGGGCAGCCAGGCCUCGCUGCAGGAGGAAGACCCCGAGAGGAUGAAGCACAAGUCAGGAAGGAAACAGAAAACUCCUAAGAAGUUUACGGGGGAGCAGCCAUCCAUCUCGGGGACGUUUGGACUGAAAGGUCUCGUCAAAGCGGAGGACAAGGCAAAAGCCCACCGAGCCAAGAAGCUGGAGGGGAACACCAACAUGGAGGAGCUGAAAAAGAAAACUCCAGGAGCGGGUGUGAAGAAGGAAACGGCCGCACAUCUCCCAGCAGCAAAUCCCGAGGACCAGUGGCAGCGGGAGAUCAGCGAGAAGGGAGAAGUUGCCUGUCCAACCUGCAGCGUGAUAACCAGGAAAACUGUCGUUGGGCUCAAAAAGCACAUGGACGUCUGCCAGAAACUGCAGGAUGCCUUGAAGUGUCAACACUGCAAAAAGCAGUUCAAGUCCAAAGCUGGGCUGAAUUACCACACCAUGGCUGAACACGUCAGCAAGCCUGUUCCUGUGGAAACCGCUGGACUUGGUGAACAGGAAGAGCGGGAAAGGCUGAGGAAAGUGCUAAAGCAGAUGGGAAAACUGAAAUGCCCCAAUGAGGGCUGCGCAGCCAACUUCUCCAGCUUGAUGGGCUACCAGUACCACCAGAAGCGCUGCGGCAAGCAGCUCGCCGAGGCCGACAAGCCCGUCUUCAGCUGUCCACACUGCGGGAAGAAGUACAAAUCCAAGGCUGGCCACGACUACCAUGUGCGGUCAGAACACCCGGCCUCGGUGAGCCCCCCGGACACCUCCGCAGCCCGAGGAGCGGGGCCAUCCCUCCCUGUGGGGGACUGCAGAGCUGCAGAGCCUGUGGGCAGGACCGAGCCGGGCAGGGCCGGGCCGGGCAAGCCGCCAGAGGAGCCAGAGGUGAAGCCAGAGCCCAGCCCCGUAGAAGAUUUUGAAAGGACCCCAAGCGGCCGCAUCCGUCGCACGUCGGCUCAGGUGGCCGUCUUCCACCUGCAGGAGAUAGCAGAGGAUGAGCUCGCCAAGGACUGGACCAAGCGGAGGAUGAAGGACGACCUGGUACCUGAAACGAAGCGGGGCAGGAGGGCGGAUGGUUCCCAGAAAAGCUGGCCCCCCAGCACCUUUUCUUCCCACGAAGAAGAAGUUUCCAGACGUUUGGAGCGUGCUGCCGGGCCCGCAGACCCCCUCACUGGCUUGGACCUCGGGAGAGGUGAGAUGUCGGGGAUCAGUGGCAGGUUGCAGCCGCACCUCGCAGCAAGCCCUGGGGAUCUGCAGGGCCCCAGAGGGUACCGAUGCUUCCAGCUCCAGCCAGUACCUCACCGGGAGCACCCACACCGCUCACCGUUUGCUUCAGAGCAGGACCUGCUCUGUCCCCGAGCUCUCCAGUGGCACGCCACCGUCCUAGCAGCCAGUGGGGACGCUGAGGGAGGCGAUGAAGAAAGCCACCCCCUGCUCCAUCCUUCUCCAAGCAGCAAAGCUCUUCCUCGGGGGAGGGCGUGCAGCUCCUCAGCAGCCGGUGGGACGCGGGGGUUGGCAGCAUCCUGCCUCUCCCCCAUCUCCUCUGGGUGCCCCCCGGCAGGCGCAGCCCCCCUGCAGCUCCCCCCACCACGUUCUGCCCACCGUGGCCGUGCCGCAGCCGGCCCUGGCCGGGCUGGGAUGCUGGCUUGGGAUCCUGUUGGUGGCCCGUGGUGGGACGCGUUCGCCUUCCCCCGGGAGGAUGGAUUCCUUCUCACCAAAGCGAUGGCAUCAGAAUAAACGAUUGCUGCUCGGAUCCCAGGCCUUGCAAUGCCUCCAUUCUGCGCUAACCAAAUCCAGCACUUCUAAAUAUACACUGGAGUCUUAUUUUCUCGCUCCGAUCUUUAUUUGCCUCUGGAUAAGCUGAACCAGAUGAGGUAUUUCACAACGGCCGCUUGCUGAGGAUGUCAGAUGGGGAAGGGCACACCCCUGCUGCUUUUCUGGGAAAAAUCUCCUUUCCAGAAGCUCCGUGAAGAUGGUGCCAAUCCUCCGACCUUCCUCUGGCUUUUGCUGGAGCCAUCCCCUACCUGCAGUAAGGCCCAGCUCUGCCUCAGUGCCUUCAGCCUUUGGGCAGGGGAGUGAGAGGCUGGCAGGUAGGGGGACCCCGUGGUGGAGGUGGCGGUGGGCUCCCGGCUCUGCACGGGGGUGCCCUGACCCAUUUUUGGAGGCCGGCGUGGGAGAAACAGCCUCCUAGAGCGGAGGGAAGAGGUGAGCCGGGAGAAAACACCUUGGAAAUCCGGCUGUUUGAUGGGUUGAUGCCUUCGGUGCUCCCCCGUGGAGCAGCUUGUGCUCCCGGAGGUUUUAGGGAAGGAUAUCUCGUGCUGCCACAAGCCCAGCUCCAGCGGGCUCUGGCCGGGUACCACGGUCCGUCCUGCUCUCUCCAGCACUUUUUAGGGAACGGUUUGCUUUCCUGCCUGCUCCUGGAGAGCGCUGCCUGCCUGCUCUGCUCACGGUGCUUUGGACUGCUGGGCAUUUGAUUUACGGCGGCUGGAGGCACACACCCUGUCCCCCAUCCCCUGGGGGUCUGGGGGUCCGCACGGUGCUGGGGGCCCGGCUGCUCUCCUGCAGGAGCAGGGGCGGAGGUGCUGAGCCCAGCAGGGUCGGGGCGGCCCGGCAGGACGGAAGGGGAGCUCGCAGCAAAGCGCUGGCGCGGGCCAGUCAGCAAGCUCGAGGGCAAAAGUCAUCCGCGGGCUUGAGUUUUUUAAGAAAACCCCACGUUGGAAGCGGAACGCAUUCCUAGACCAGAAAAAUCUGGCUCGGGUCUGUCCCCCAACACAAUGGCCCUGCGAUCCGGGCAGAAGCCGGCAAGUCCUGGAGCCAGGCUGAGCCCCGAGGACUCGGCUCAGCGGUGGCCGAGCUGGCUCCUAGCAGGGGGCUCAGGUGAGGGCCCCUCGGGGACCGUUCCUCCUGCCCUGCCCUCGCUCAGGAGCCCUGGCUGGGCCACAGCUCCUGGCCGUGCUCUGGCUUUGCCUCCCAGAUGGAAUUAGCUGCGGUUCGCACGGGGCAGGACCACGGAGAGAUCGGAGCUCCGUGCCCCGUGCUAGGGCCCUCCGUGGUGCGGGAGGUCGGCUCGGACGGGAGGUGUUGGCGUGCGUGGUUCUCGUUUGCUGCGGUGUAUUUUGGGGAAGGGGAGAGCCGUCUAGGGAGCGGAGAGGACUGGAAUCUGAAAGUUAACGAAAUAAAACUGCCAGUCACACAGCAAAGAAGCCUUCCCACCCCAGCAUCCUUCGACUGUUCCGAGGAGAUGGGCCGCGGCCAAAACCAGUUGUAGCUGUUUAAUGAUUUGGCCCCGAAGAUUUUCACUUACAGGCUGUUUGAGGAAAAUAAAUGGAAGAAAAUAAAAUAUUCCAUGCCCGGGGCUCCUUCUUAAUAGAGGCAUAAAGAUGGCUUUGACAUUCCCAGAACCGCAGCGCCCCAGGAAGACAUGGGAUUUGCAUGUUAUUGUGCAGUGCCUGUUGGAGCAGAGCGGGGAGGGAUUUUUUUUUUUUUUCUCCGGAGUGGGAAGCCGGAGCAGCAGAAUCCGCGUCUCUGAACAUCCCCCCCCGCCUCCUCCCCGGGGACACGCAGGGGGAGAGGUUGUUGCCGGGGCUGCGUGCGGUUACCAUUAAUGUUUGCUCAUUCAUGGGAUUGAUUGGCUUUUAAUUAAGGAGGCCGCUUGGCAUCCCAGCUCUCAGUAUCAAUGACAAAAAAGAGCCUCCUGUGUUCUCCCCUGGAGGUGCCGUUGCCUUCCCCGGGCAGGGGACGGGGGCCGGUUGGUGGAUGCCCCAUCCCAGCGCUUCAAAGGGCUCUGCUGGCAUCUUGGCGGCCGCAGAGCAUGACAGAACAGCAGCACGCCGGGGCUUGGGGGAUUUUUCCACAUCCGUCCUCAGCAGCGUCCGUUUUGCAAGUCCCUUUGCCCCUGCCCUUCGUGUGGAGCCUCUCCCCUCUCCUCCCUUCUCCGGCUGCGUGCUGGGGGGCACGGGGGGGCCCUCCCUGCUUGGCAUGAAAUUAAGCGGAGUGUCCGAGGCCAGCCCGCCCCGGCACAAGUCCUGCAGCCUCCGUGGGAGCUCCGCUGGCAGGGAGCAGGAGGUUUGGGAGCAGCCUGCCGGGGGGAGGCACGUUACCCCGACCCAGCCGGGCAAAGGCAAAUCCGCAGCUUAUCAGCACGUAGGAGAAAAGUCACAGCUGGGAAAGAAAUACAGCCGGCGGCCACCCCGCGGCGUCCGAAGGGUGAGCGCUGAGCCCUGGGGGCACGUUUUGAAGGAACAGCCCGGUUUCCGCACCUCUCCGCAAGCGUGCUUUGAGCCUCCUUCCUCUCCGCCGAGCGGGGUUACAUCGAUGAGCCGGAGGAGCCCCGGCCCAAAAAACCGCACGGGUCCCUGCACCCACCGAGCGAGCGAGGGCCUGGGGACGUGAGCAGCAUCCCCUGGUCCUUGCCAAGCUCCUGCUCGCAUGAUCGCACGGCCAAGGGCAGCUCCGGCUGAAGGAGGAGCAGCCCCGUGUGCCCUGCGGGACUCGCUGCAGCUGCGCCAGCCCUGCAGGUAGGGCCACGCGCCCCGGCGCCGGGCAGGAGGUGCCCACGGACGCGCUUGCGUGUGCUGAACAUGCAGAAACGGAGCUGGAAGGGCCCAGCCCGCUAUGCUAACCCUCCAAGUCGCUAAUAAAGCAGUAAUUAAAAGCACUUGGAAGGCGCAGCGCUGCCAGAAGGAGAGGCAGAGACGCAAGAGCCUUUCACUGUUCGAGGGGCCGUACCCGUUAACCGGUGGAAGGCAGCCACAGGGGCUCUUCGAGCUUGGCUCUGUCCCCUCUGCCCAGCGUGCAGGUUACAAAAUGUGGCCGAGGGGCUGCUCCGACACGAGGCCUGGCCCCGAGCAGCCGUGGGGAGCGUGCCCCAGGAGCUGGAGCCUUCCCUCGUGUCGCUGCCUGGAGGCGGCCGCGGUUCCUGCCCUGCUCUGCCGUCCCCACCGCCCCCCAUCCCCGCUGCCCCCUGGCUGGUGGCGGGAGAGCCACCCCCGUGCUGCACAGUGCCCCAGGGGGGACGUCCCUGGGGGAAGCUUCCCAGCUCGUUUUCGGCCCCAGUUCACUUCUCCAGGGGGAAUGGGAGGGAGUCGAAACCCCUUUGGAGACCAGGGGCUCCCCCACGGACAGGACCGGUGUGCGCCGCUCUGCUA